GCUCUACCUAUCAGCAGAUAUAAAUACCUCCCUGCUCCAUGAAUGCACAGCACACAGGAAAAAUCCUGACGAUCACUGCAGAAGAUGGAGUUUGUCAACAAGAUGGGGUUUUCUUUGGCUGUGCUUCUCCUGGUUUCAUUGGCCUGUCUGGCUCACACUGAGGAGAGGAUGAAACGCUCAGCUUCCAGAUUAUCAUCGCUUCGUUCCAAGCGAAUGGUUGGAGGGCUUUUGGCUCCUCAUGUCCCCUGGCAGGCCAUGAUCUUCCUCAGUGACAGUAUUCUGGAUGGAGGUUAUGCAGGUGGUGCUCUCAUCUCUGACCGCUGGAUUUUGACGGCUGGCAGGAACCUUUUUGUCAGGAAGAGUCGAGAGGACAUUAAAGGAAAAGGUCCCGUCAUUCCUAAAGUGUACCUGGGAAUCACACGACGGGAAGAAGCCGAUGCCUCCACAGAGGUCGCUGUAGAAAAGAUUGUUCUCCAUCCAAGAUUCCAGAACCAAUCUGACUGGGACAAUGACCUGGCUCUGAUCCAGCUGAAGAAGCCUGUGGUUAUGAGCAAUAAAGUGACACCCAUCCCCCUGCCAGAGACAGGCCAGGACCUGGCAGACACCGUGGGAGGGUCAGGGGUUAUCACCGGCUGGGGCUGGGGAGUCUUACUCACCCAAGCUACAUCACUCAAAUACCUCGUACUGCCUCUUGCCAAUCACUCUGAGUGUAAGGCAGAAUAUGAAAGAAUCGCACUCACACCAGCUGUAGAUGACAACAUGUUCUGCACCGGACAACCGAUGCACGGGCAAAAUGUUUGUUUUGGUGAUGCAGGAGGCGCUCUAGCUGUCAAAGAUGCUGAAACUGGGGACAUUUACGCUGCAGGGAUCCUUUCCUAUGACAAGUCCUGUACCAGCUACAAGUACGGAGUCUAUAUGAAGAUGUCCUCGUAUUUGCCCUGGAUCCACAGAGUCAUGAGAGGAGAUACAGAGCAAUCGUCUGCUCUGCGCACUGAUGCAAUGUCUAAGAUGUACUCAUGGCAAUCAUAGAGCUUCAGGCUGUGUUCUUUUGAUUUUGUAGAGAAACCAUUGCAAUGCAUUGAAUCUGUACAUUUAAUAAAUGUUUGUAAUGUC